AUCUCCAUCUCUUGAAAACCAAAAUUGUAUAACAAAAAUCUUGCUUCUUAUGGGCCAAAAUAUUAGGCCCAAAUGGUCAGAUAAGCCUAUUGGUAUGUUAACGAGCCGAAAAUAAGAAGAAGGUCGUCGUUACUUCUAAGGUUUUGUCGCCGGCGACGUACUUCGACAGAGAUGGCACUGUCUUCGUCUACUUCCCAAAUUCCGUUAUUCAAACACCAAUUCUUCGGAACGUCUCAAAAUCUGAGAACACUUAAUUUACCGACGACGGAAAUUCCCAGAUGUCGUUUGAUUUCGUCAUUUCAUACGGCGCGAAGCAAAUCCUGUUCUUCUCCUCUCCGGACCAUUAGCUGCGUCGCCGGAGACGAUGGAACCAGAGAAGCAUCUUCUCUUCCUACUUCGAUCUCUUCGGUUUUCGUGAAGGGGUUUUCGGAUUCAGUGAGUGAAGGGCGUUUGAAGAAAGUCUUCUCCGAGUUUGGACAAGUUACCAAUGUAAAAAUCAUCGUAAAAGAAAGGACUCGGCAGUCUCUAGGAUACGGAUAUGUCUGGUUCAACAGAAAAGAGGACGCACAGUUGGCCGUCGAUGCCAUGAACGGAAAGUUCUUUGAUGGCAGGUUCAUUCUUGUUAAAUUUGGUCAGCCUGGAUUGUCCCGUCGCCGGAGACCACAUGCCGUUUUCUUCGCGGCGUCAAUUGCGUUUCUUGACCUGUGUUGUGGUUCACGAUCGAGGAAAUGUCGUAACCCUAAGUGUAAAGGGUUGAAGAAAGCUAUGGAGUUUGAUUUGCAGUUACAGACAGAGGAAUGUGUUAAAUCCGGUACGGUUAAGGAGAUUGAUCGGUUACCGUGGAAAGGAGGUAGUGAGAGUAAUCCUGAUUAUGAGUGUUUGAGAGCUGAGCUGAGGAAGAUGGCUCCGGUUAAUGGUCGAGCUGUUUUGAUUUUCCGAUCAAAAUGUGGUUGCCCUAUUGCUAAGCUUGAAGGUUGGGGACCUAAGAGAGGUCGGCGUCAUAAAAAGUAAGUGUCUUUCGAACUCAUAAUGUUGUAGUUUGUUUGGUGUGUGAAAAGUUAAGUCUUGAAUGAGUUGUGAAUUUAGGCCACACUGGUUCUGUUAAUCCAAUUCCUGCAACGUUUCUAUUGCCAUUGAUAAGUUUGAGAUCAGUUUGUAGUGAACAUAUAUGUUUAUGUAAUCCUCACUGGCUAAGUGGCUAUGGAUUUUAAGACAAGUCUUUAGGCUUUGAUACUCGUUUCUUAUCGAUAAUGGUGAUUUCGGCUUUGUUAUUCCUCGUGGUAGGUUGGCUUAUUCCAGUUGUAAUGAUGAAUGACAUUGUCAAUUUGUGGAUAGAUGAGUAGUUUUGUGGUUGUUUUAGCAGAUUGAAUCUUGUUUUUGAGAGAUGAAAGAGACAGUUGAACAUGGAAUCUAUUUGUUUAAAGUAAUGUUUGUAUGGUAGCCUCUAUCACCAUAACGUU